CAGAAGACACACAUACAGUACUCUCUCUUCCGUCGCCGCCGCCGCUAGUCUCGUCGUAGGAGCAAAAUGGGUUGGAAAGCUGCUGAGAAACUCAUCAGACACUGGAAGAUACUUCGAGGGGAUAAUGUGAUGAUCAUUCGUGGCAAAGAUAAGGGUGACAUUGGAACCAUCAAGCGUGUCAUCCGUUCCCAAAAUCGUGUUAUUGUUGAAGGCAAGAAUCUGAUCAAGAAGCAUAUAAAGGGAGGCCCUGAUCAUGAAGGUGGAAUUUUCACGGUAGAGGCUCCUCUACACGCCUCUAAUGUCCAAGUUGUUGAUCCACUCACUGGGAGGCCUUGUAAGGUUGGUGUAAAGUACUUAGAGGAUGGAACUAAAGUAAGAGUACCUAGAGGCACUGGCACAUCUGGUUCGAUCAUUCCUCGCCCUGAGAUUCUUAAGAUUAUGGCUACACCAAGACCCACUACUGCUGGUCCUAAGGACACACCAAUGGAGUUUGUAUGGGAGCAAACAUAUGAUGCUAAAACAGGAAAGGGCAUGCCUGAUCUUUGAGUAACAACAACCUCUUUAUCCAAAAAUGUUGCUGCUCCCAACAGAUACUUCUUUCUUUUUUUUUUCCCAUCCAGUAGAAUUUAGUUUUAUCAAGAGCUAUGAGAUGAAGUGAGGUUUUGUUGAAGAG